AAACCCAACACCCACAAAGCUAGAAAGGCAUUAUAAACACAGGAAGUCCCAAAACCCAAAAUCCUCGCAACAUCAAGAUGGUGGGUGGCGUUUUGGAGUGGAUUAAAGUUUCGAUUUUGGGCUGUUUUUUGGUGGUGGUGGCGCUGAGAGCGGCGGUGGUGCUGUGGUGGCGGCCGAGGAGAAUCGAAGACCAUUUUUUCCGGCAAGGAAUUAGAGGACCUCCUUAUCGUUUCUUCAUCGGAAAUGUUAAGGAACUUGUCGGAAUGAUGAUUAAAGCUUCUUCUGAUCAUUCUUUUCCUAAUUUUUCUCAUAACAUUCUUCCUCGUGUUCUUCCGUUUUAUCAUCACUGGAAGAAGAUUUAUGGUUCGAAAUUUUUGGUGUGGUUCGGGCCGACGGUGAGAUUAGCGGUGUCUGAUCCGGACCUUAUUCGAGAAAUCUUCACAUCAAAAUCAGAAUUCUGUGAGAAAAAUGAACCUCACCCACUGGUUAAACAGCUAGAAGGUGAUGGCCUCCUCAGUCUCAAAGGCCAAAAAUGGGCUCUUCAUCGCAAGAUCAUCUCUCCUUCUUUCCACAUGGACAAUCUCAAAUUGUUGAUUCCAGUGAUGGCAAAAAGUGUCGUGGAUAUGUUGGAGAAAUGGUCAGCAAUGUCAGCAGCUUCCGGUGAGGUGGAAAUUGAAGUUUCCGAAUGGUUCCAAACCCUAACCGAAGACGUCAUCACUAGGACUGCCUUUGGCUCCAGCUAUGAAGAUGGAAAAGCCAUUUUUCGCUUACAAGCUCAACAAAUGGUCCUUGCUUCUCAAGCCUUUGAGAAAGUUUUCAUCCCUGGCUACAGAUUCUUACCGACGAGAACGAACGUGAAUUCGUGGAGACUGGACCGAGAAAUAAGAAAAUCGUUGUUGAAACUGAUCGACCGACGUCGAGAGAGCUCGAUCGAGAGCUCAAAGGAUUUACUAGGGUUAAUGAUAAGGGCAUCAAACACUUCUCCUUCAUCAACUAUCACUGUUAAUGACAUUGUUGAAGAGUGCAAGGGGUUCUUCUUUGCUGGCAAACAGACCACAUCCAAUUUGCUGACGUGGACAAUGAUCCUCAUGGCCAUGCACCCACAAUGGCAGGUAAAGGCACGUGAUGAGGUACUAAGGGAGUGUGGAGCACGUGACAUACCCUCCAAAGAUGAUAUUACAAAGCUUAAAACGUUGAGUAUGAUUGUCAAUGAAUCGUUACGGUUAUAUCCACCGACAGUGGCAACUAUUCGACAAGCGAAAGUUGACGUGGAGCUUGGUGGUUACAUGAUUCCACGUGGCACUGAACUGUUGAUUCCGAUUUUAGCAGUUCACCAUGAUCAAAAGAUAUGGGGGAAUGAUGUGAACGAGUUCAAUCCAGGACGAUUUGCUGAAGGAGUGGCUAGGGCAGCCAAUCAUCGAGUUGGAUUCAUUCCAUUUGGACUUGGAGCUCGAACCUGUAUUGGCCAAAACUUGGCUAUAUUGCAAGCAAAAUUGGCUCUGGCAAUCAUACUCCAAAGAUUCUCCUUUCGAUUGGGACCUUCUUAUCAGCAUGCACCAGCAGUACAAAUGCUACUUUAUCCACGAUAUGGCGCACCAAUUAUCUUCCAAAAAUUAUCUACUCCAUCGAUCCAGCAAGGUCAACGAUCAUGAUCAUACCACCUCAAAUAUCAUCCCUUCCAAGUGAAAUGUCCAAAGUACCCUCACACUACAUAAUUAGAACCAAACUUGGUGAUUGUCUUCAUCAUCCAAAACUAACCUCAUGCCUUUGUUUUUUUGUUCUUUCUUCCCUCCCCUUCCCUCUAUUGGCAUGUAAGUUUAUGCUUUGAAUUAGGGUUUUAGAGAGACUAAGAAGUUAGGUUCCCUCCUCUCUAUUUCUCCCUCAUUUGUAUGUAAUGUAAAUUUCUUCACCAAUUUCUUGUGUUUUGUUGUGUCUUCUUAGUUCAUUUGAUUCAAACUUAAAAUUGUAUAUUCCUUUUGUAUUCAAAGUUACCAAAUUUUCCCAUUGCCAAUGCAAA